AUGGUUCUACCGACUUUUAAUCCUGAAUACGACAUUAUCUUCGUUGGAGGCGGCGCGUCCGCGGGCGUUGCUGCAGGCCGCUUGGCCGCUGCUGCUCCCAAACUUAGAAUUCUCCUUCUGGAAGCUGGCCCAUUGACGAAGGACAUGCCUGAGCAUGUACAGCCAGGUCGUUACAUCACCCAUCUUGUUCCUACAACGACGACUAUAACCCAUAAUGUUGCCAAGCCCAGCGAGCACUUGGGAGGCCGUUCUGCCAUCAUCCAGUCUGGGCGGUGCGUUGGCGGGGGAUCCUCUGUGAACUUCGUAUUAUAUAACCGCCCCUCCGCAUCGGACUUCGAUGAUUGGGCGAAUGAAUACAACAAUCCUGGUUGGAACUCUCAGGAACUGAUCCCUUUGCUACAGAAGGUGGAGACAUAUGAGAUCGAUCCCAGUGCACCGACGCACGGCUCUUCCGGACCUCUGAAAGUUUCGUACGGUGGUUUCUUCAGUGAAGCCGGAAAACAGUUCCUCGAUAUUGGCCCAAAAUAUGACAAACGCCGAGUAUUGGGGCAAGAUGGCAACGCAUGUGGCGUGAGCUCCAUCAAUACCUUUGCGCAUCAUUUUGUGUACAAUCAAAUUGGAAGUACGGGGCUCGACCUUGUACAUGGUGGACGUGUGAAGCGCGUUCUAUUUGAAGACAAAACGGCGACCGGAGUCGAAUUCGUCUUCGACAAUCGCGUCCACCCAGAGGCGCCCCAAGAUCUCUAUACCGUCCGGGCUACGAAGCUCGUGGUCGUAGCCGCUGGGGCCUUCGGGUCACCGGGUGUCUUGGAGAGGUCCGGUAUUGGUGCUCCGGAAAUUCUCAAGGCGGCGGGCAUUACGCCCCUUGUUGAUCUCCCGGGUGUCGGUGCUAAUUACCAAGACCACUUGUUUGGGGUUGUGCCGUACAUCUCCGACCCGGAAGUUGAGACAUACGACUUGCUUUUCAAAGGCGAUGUUGCAGAGUGGACGAAGGAACUUACCCAAUGGGCCACUGACGGGACUGGAAAGCUGGGUGCCAAUGGUGUCGACGCGGCCGUUAAAGUUCGUCCGUUUGAAGACGAACUGAAAGAGUUCGCCCCCGAAUUCUUCCCUACUGACCAGACCGGUUUCCCACCUUUGAAGUUUAUCUGCGGUGGUUAUCACCUCGCAUAUCCGGCGUCUCGUGGGAGCGUCCACAUUGUGGAUGACAACGUCUAUACUCCUCAAGAUUUCGAUGCGGGCUUCUUGAACCACCCUGCCGAUGUCGCUGCCUUGCGAUGGGGCUAUAAGAAGAGUCGCGAAUUUGUGAGGCGCCUCCCACUCUUCCGGGGCGCGUUCCCUCCUGUCGCUCCAGCGUUUGCCGAGGAUAGUUCAGCAUCCCUGAAGGACACGACUACGGUGGACCUUGACGCACCUAAUCUUGUAUACUCAGCUGAAGACGACAAAGCCAUUGAUGAGUUCCACCAGAAGUUCGUUGCGACGACUUGGCACUCUCUGGGAACAUGUGCCAUGAAACCUCGCCAAGACGGAGGUGUUGUCGACUCGCGAUUGAACGUUUACGGCGUCAAGAACUUAAAGGUAGCAGAUAUAUCUAUUCCGCCUUCGAACGUAAAUUCCAACACCUAUUCUACCGCUCUCGCGAUCGGCGAGAAAGCUGCCUUGAUCAUCGCUGAAGAACUCAGGAUCACUGGUGUUUAG